UCCGUCAAGAAUAGCGAAUCGACGGCCAGUUCUGCGAAAAAUGAAAACUUUGAAACUCAACCGAAAGACAGCAAAGUUAUGAUAUCUCUUAAAAACCUCAGCAAAGACUUCGGCAGCGGAAGGGGUGUCAAACACAUGUCACUCGAUAUAUACAGCAAACAAAUAACUGUUUUGUUGGGACAUAACGGCGCCGGAAAGACCACUACAAUGAAUAUGAUAACCGGUAUAUUCCCUCCCAGUUCGGGAACAGUAUCCGUCAACGGUUAUGAUGUGAUGACUGCCACUCGAGAGGCCAGAAAGAGCAUUGGUUUGUGUCCACAGGAGAAUAUUCUCUUCAAUGACUUGACUGUUGCACAACAUCUCAGACUUUAUGCCGUUUUGAAAGACUUCCCGAACGAUCAGAUAAAGCCGGAGAUCGAGAGAGUGUUGUCUAUAAUCCGAUUGAACGACAAAAAGGAUUGGAAGAGUAAAUCACUUUCUGGAGGAAUGAAACGCAAACUGAGUUUAGGAAUCGCUAUAAUCGGCGGAACAGAAGUCCUGAUACUGGAUGAGCCGACCUCUGGUAUGGAUCCAGAGGCGCGCAGAGCUAUUUGGGAUAUUUUACAAGAUGUGAGACGACAGAAGACUAUACUAUUGACCACUCAUUACAUGGAAGAGGCGGAUGUACUGACCAUUAGUUUUCAUGACUUGAAUGUAUUGGGCGACAGAAUAGCCAUUAUGUCUGAAGGUGUCCUCAAAUGCUGCGGAUCUCCGAUGUAUCUGAAGAAGCGAUUUGGUGCCGGAUAUCACCUGAGAAUCUCAAAGUCCGACAAUUAUAAGAAGGAAGCGGUCGAUGAGAUACUCAAAAGACAUUUACCCGACAGUCGUCUUCAGAGCGAAAUCAAUACAGAAAUCAUUUAUUCACUCGAAUCGGAGAACAUAUCCAAACAAACCGAUAAAAAUGUUUUCCCGAAACUGUUUGACGAACUCGAGAGUCGGAAACGAGGGAUCGGUUUACAAUCGUUUGGUAUAACUGUGACCACAAUGGAAGACGUCUUCUUGAAGGUGGGAUCCAAUGUAGAGGUCGACCACAAGUCAACGAACGCCGCGAAUAAUAAAAAGCCAAAUGAAUACCAGAAUAUUACAGGACUUCCACUGAUUGUACAAUCA